UCCGGUGCAAAGACGGUCGAAAAAUCCGACCAGGCAGCGGUCGACAGAGUGACGCAGUGAGAGACAUGACUAACAAUAACAGUGCAUGGAAUUCCAGACGGCGCCUAGCGCGAAUUCGAUGUUUGUUUGAAUCUAUUCGAUGUUUCAGCGAAGGCAAGCCGCUUCCAGAGUGUCUGUGCUACAUUCCAGCCGAAGUUGAAUAUCAGACUCAACAUAGAAGUGUUGUAAAACUCUAUCAGGAUGUGCAAAAGAGCAGCAAAAAAGUUGGAGAGAUUGUUUUAACUAGUGAAUCUCGAUUAGUAGUUAGUGGUGAAGAGUAUUGUAAUUCUCAAGGAAAAUGGCUGAAAGUGAGAAAGUUCAAAAGUUGUCCAUCCAGUGAUUAUGUGACAUAUGACAGUGAUGCCUGGGUGCUUCAGUACAGCAGUAAGUCAGCCACUGAUGAUCCUGCUCUACAAAUCAUCCCCUGCAACUCCCUUAAUAAGAACCGCAAACGGUCAGACAGCUGGGAAGAUGCAGUUGAGCAGCACUUUGCAGGCCAGUUCCUUACCCGAAGAGUACAACUGGCAGACUGUGAUAAGUCUGCCAUGUCUCGUCUGAUGGAAAUCCCUGCCGGCUGGACACUGGAGGGGGAUGAAGAACUGGUCAGACUUAUGUCUCAACACAUUCCACCUGACAAUGACCACUUGGGCAGCAUCAAAAGCUUUGUGGAAUCUGUAGAUGUGUCAUCAUGUUGUGAUGAUGAGGCUGGUCCAUCCUGUCUCACAGAUGCUGACCCUGACACUUACUGGGAGAGUGAUGGCAGCCAGGGAAACCAUUGGAUUCUUCUCAAGAUGAAAAAAGGAACUGUGAUUUUAAAGCUCCAACUGACUCUGGAUGGCUCCGACGACAACUACCUGCCAGCCCGGGUGACAGUACAGGGCGGAGAACAAGAAAACCUUUCUGUGCUACGGUCACUAGCCAUUGACUGGGAAGUAAAAGAUGUAGAAGAUGUGACAAUAUUAGAAAACAUGACAGAACAUUACCCAAUCAUCAUGAUUCUCAUUAAAGAAUGUAAAGCUGGAGGUAUUGACACAAGAAUACGUGGCAUAAAGAUCUCGUCAUCAGAAGGACGCUAUUUAGGUUUUGAUCGGGACUUUUUCAAGGGAGAGAACUUAGUAAGAUACCCCAAACUGGAACCAUAUCCACCUGAUCAGUUGUACCGACGGUCAUUACUUCUACAAAGGUUGAUGGUGAUAUUAGACAGUGUUUUACCAUAUAUAGUUCCUGCCUGGGAAUACUCUAUAGGAUCUUACAAUUCAUUAGAGCUGGUGAGACAGCUUUUGCCAUUAUCAAAAAAACGCCUUAACCUCAUAGAAACCUUCAUCAAGGAAUCUUCUUCUGAACGACCAGCGGAAAUUCCAAAGUUAUUUAUAAAUCGCAGAGCAGCCAUGGAGCACCGCUGUAAUGUGACUCAGGAUUCAGACUUCAGAAAUACAAUUUUUAUGCAAAUUUAUGAAGGUCUUAAGCCUAGAGACAGAACAGCAAAACCUUUAAAUUACAGAUGGACUUCAAGGUAUGAACAGUGGUGGGAAUGUAAGUUUAUGUCGGAGGGGGUGAUUGACCAGGGUGGAGGAUUCAGGGACAGUUUAUCAGACUUAGCAGAAGAACUUUGUCCGAUGGCGGCUGAUAAACCCCUCCCUCUACCAUUCUUCAUUCGGGCUCCUAAUCAGUUGCGAGAUGACUCCAAUGUAAACAAGGAUGUUUACAUCCCAAACCCUGCCUUUAAGGAGUUUGCCAAGUAUGAAUGGGUCGGCCAGCUAAUGGGAGCCUGUCUCCGUGGCAAGGAAAACCUGAUCCUGGCAUUUCCAUCAUUUGUAUGGAAAAGAUUAGCUGGGGAGACAGUUUCUUGGUCCAGAAACUUCAACACUGUUGAUGCUGCAGAGGUGACACUGAUAGACAAUAUGGAGGCUAUAGAUAAGGAAAAGUUUCUAAUCUUGGGACGGACCUGGAGCACAGUGUUGAGUGAUGGAACUGCAGUCUUGAUGAAGGUAGAUGAUAAAGGAAAUCCAUUAGACUUGAUGUAUGAAGACCGCAAAGAAUACUGUGAUAAAGUGAGGAAGAUACGCAUGGCUGAAUCUGAUGAACAGCUGGAGGCAAUACGGAAAGGCCUACUAAAGGUUGUUCCUCAGGCUGUGCUGGAUCUAAUGACCUGGCAAGAGCUGGAACAUCGAGUCAGCGGUGACCCCGAAAUCACGAUGGAUGACCUCAAACGAUCCAUUCGCUAUGAUGAUGUUGAAGAGACAGACACGAGAGUGAAGUAUAUGUGGGAAGCUCUAAAAAGCUUUUCCAAUGAGGAUCGUAGUCGCUUCCUUCGCUUUGUGACUGGACGACGACGCCUCCCUGCACCUGUCCACAUAUCUUCUGGGAAAGGAGAUUCUGUCGACUGUUUACCCGAGUCAUCUACAUGUGCAAACACACUGUAUUUACCUAACUACACAAGUGCCAAAACUGCAGAGGAGAAGCUGAGAUAUGCAUCAUACAAUUGUAUGGAUAUGGAUGCUGACGUGAACCCCUGGGACGAGUAAAUUGUGGGACGUGAACCCCUGGGACGAGUAAAUUGUGGGUAGUAGGGCCACCAAUCUGUGAUGUCAUCAUCUACAUGUACCUGUCAAUAAGGAACUUUCUCCCUGCCUAUACAAACUCUGUGACUCAAUAAGUAACCUGUCUUAGAGUUUGGACAUUCACCUGUCUACAGUACAGUUAUAAUUUGCCAUCAAAACUGUGAUUUCUUAAUAUGGAUCUGUCCACUGUAGGAACAGGACACUGAUGAUAGAAGUUAUAAAAAACUGAGCUAUG